GGUGCACGUAUGAACGGGUCAUGUGGAAGCCAGUGAGAAAUUGCCGGAGGAGCAGGAGGGUUGGAGGCGGAAGGAAAGUGUAGGCCCCAAACCAGCCCUCCCCACAGUAAAAAACAGAGGCAGUAAUGUCAAAUGUAAAGCGGGUGAGAAACAGCCGAGUGCGGAAUAGUAAUGGAGCCGCUGGGUUUGCGCCAACCCUUCACACACCCCGGAUGGAGGCCUCAAAUCCCAGAUAAGAAGCUCCCGCCCUCGUGGUUGUAGCGAAAAAUAGCGACUGUUCCUCGGUCACAGGCCCGAGUUAACAGCCUCCAUCUUAAGGGUGUUAGAAGAGGAGGAUUUGCAGUCAGGAAAAACAAACCAAACCUCAUGUCAAAAUCUGAAAGUCACUCAGUUCAUUGGGAUCUGAAGAUUUGUACAUCUGAAGGGAUUUAAUUGACCAUCUCAGCUGGAAACUGGUGAGAGGCCGUUCACCUGCUCCUCCUGUGUGAAAGGAUUGAUACAGCUGGUAAACAUGCUAACACGACAGUGCGCUCGCAAUAGUGAGAGUCCGUUCACCUGCUCCAUGUGUAGGAAGAAAUUCAUGUGUUCAUCCAACCUGCUGGCACACCAGCUUGAUCACGUUGAUGAGGAUCCUCUUCAAUGCUCUGACUCUGAGAAAAGCUUUAAAACCUCUGAGGAGCUGGUCCAACACCAGCGAGUUCACACUGACAAGAGACCGUUCAGCUGCUCCCACUGCGGGAAGAGGUUCAGGCUGUCCUCCCGCUUCGCGGAGCACCAGCUCCUUCACAGACACGAGAGGCCGUUCAGCUGCUGUCACUGUGGGGAGUCGUUCAGCGAAUCAGUGCAUCUCACUGAGCACCAGCCAGUUCACACCAAGGACAGGCCGUUCAGCUGCUCCCAGUGUGGGAAGAGAUUCACUCAGUCCUCCCAUUACAUUGAGCACCAAUUGGUUCACUCAGAAAAGAGACCUUUUAAAUGUACUGAAUAUGAAAAGACCUUUAAGAGAAGCAUUAAUCUGCUGAGACACCAGUGCAUUCAAAGUGGGGAGAGGCCGUUCCCCUGCUCGGUGUGUGGGAAGAGAUUCACUCAUUCAUUCCACCUUAUGAUACAUAAGCAAGUUCACACUGGAGAGAGACCAUUCACCUGCUCCAUGUGUGGGAAGGGAUACAGUCAGUCAUCUGAUCUUAUGAUACACAAGCGAUUUCACACUGGGGAGAGACCGUUCAGCUGCUCCGAGUGUAGGAAGGAAUUUACUCAUUCAACCCACCUUUCAAUGCACAAGCGAAUUCACACUGGGGAGAGACCAUUCCCUUGCUCUGUGUGUGGGCAGAGAUUCACUCAGUCAUCCACCCUGCUCACACACAAGCGAGUUCACACCGGGGAGAGACCGUUCACUUGCUUCGUGUGUGGGAAGAGCUUCCCUCUUUUGAGCCACGUUUUGAUACACGAGCGCGUUCACACUGGGGAGAGGCUGUACAUUUGCCCCGUGUGUGGGAGGGGAUUUACUUGUUUACACCACCUGCUGAGACACCAGGCUGUUCACACCGGGGAGAGGGCGUUCAUGUGCUCUGUGUGUGGGAAAUGUUUCACUGAGUCGUCCAGCCUCCAGAGACACCAACGCAUCCACACUGGGGAGAGGCCAUUCACCUGCUCCAUGUGUGGGAAGAAAUUUGCUCAGUCAUUUGAUCUGGUGAGACACGAGCGAGUUCACACCAGGAAGAGGCUGCUCACCUGCUCCGUGUGUGAGAAGGGAUUUACUCGCUCAUCCAGCAACUUCACAUGUCACUGACAAAGUUGGAUUGUGUUGUUGCUGCUGAGGACCAUGUCCAGGACUGAACUUUUUCUCCUUUCUAACUUCAGAUUCUUUCAAUUCUCAGACCUUCAGUUACUCUCAAGGACAAUUCCCAGCUCCCCAUAUCUUCCAGAGUAUUUUCCUUGGCCUUGGGAUCCAGGGAAGGUAUCAGUAACACACAUGGGAUCAGUAAAAACAAAACCCAACCUAUUAAUCACUUUCAGGUACUGGAAUUAGCGUGUGCCCCACAGCAUCUCUCUCACGUUUGAACAUCACACCUGUAAAGGAGGUUUAAAUUUAAAUCCUCAUAAACUUAACAGGACCAGCAGGCUGAUGAGACUGUGUUAAACUGUUAGUGUGCUCUUGUACUGCUCUGUAUUUUGCCUGUAAUGGAAAAUGCCUGAAUCCUUUGUCCCAGUGGAACCUUUGCUGUUAUGAAAUGUGGGAGAAUAUUAAUGAGUCUCUUAUACUUGCCCAUGUCUGCUGCAAUUGUGUAGAAAGGGGAUGUGUAAAGAGCUGGUCUUCGUAUAGAGAUGUGAACCAAGGAAACGGUAUCUGUGUGUGAUAGUAACACAGCCUUGUGCUCACACUCAGAACAAUGCGCAGAUAUCCUUGUGGUUGUGGUUUGAGCAGGGUCAGAUCACGGCUGUAGUGAACAAGUUAAUUAUAAAUAUCUCCAGUGUAGCUGCAGCUGUUUAGAUCAGAGCUGGGGAGAAGAGAGCACUGAAUCCACUGUAUUAUCUCUGUUCUCUGGAUCGGGUAACUACAUUUUUUCAAUAUAACAGUGUUUUAUUCAAGAAAUACAUUCACAGCUUAAAAGCUGAAUUGUAAUUUACAGCAAGAAAACUCAUAAAAUUAAAUACAGAGACUAUAUAAUCUAGUUAAAAACAUGGGAAUAUGUGAUAAUCUGUAAUAACAAAAAUCGGCAAACAAAUGCAGUAGAUAACAGGGAAGAGGUGGAUGAGAUAUUAGAGGAAGGAAUAUUGAAUUAAACUUAUAUUAAAAUUACACACCAAUCCACCAUUCCUAUAUUACAGGCUCUGAAGUAUAUAAAAUGAUGACAUUUAUAAGUACUUCAUUGAAGACCAGAACCAUGUAAGGAAUUACUCUGUAUGAUUGCAGAGCUGUUAAUAAAGUCAGGAAAAGACAA